UCUGAAGUUACACCCAUCACAGAAUUUUCAUAGAGCUGGACUAUUGGAAGAAUCUGUCUAUGAUCUUCUCCCAAAGGAGUUACAGUUACCUCCAUCUAGAGAAACAUCUGUAGCAUCAAUGAGUCAGACAAGUGGUGGUGAGGCAGGCUUGCCUCCUCCAGCUGUAGUUGCUGCUGAUGCUUCUUCAGCUCCCUCCUCUUCCUCCAUGGGCGGUGCUUGCAGCUCCUUUACCACCUCUUCCAGCCCUACCAUUUAUUCUACCUCAGUCACCGACAGCAAGGCUAUGCAAGUGGAGAGCUGCUCCUCAGCUGUGGGGGUAAGUAACAGAGGGGUAAGUGAAAAGCAGUUAACCAGUAACACAGUUCAGCAGCAUCCAUCAACCCCGAAGAGGCACACAGUUUUGUACAUCUCACCACCACCUGAGGACUUGCUGGAUAACAGUCGGAUGUCCUGCCAGGAUGAGGGGUGUGGAUUGGAAUCUGAGCAGAGCUGCAGUAUGUGGAUGGAGGAUUCCCCCUCCAACUUCAGUAACAUGAGCACCAGUUCCUACAAUGAUAACACUGAGGUACCUCGUAAAUCACGAAAACGAAAUCCAAAGCAGAGGCCGGGGGUCAAACGACGAGAUUGUGAAGAAUCUAAUAUGGAUAUAUUUGAUGCCGACAGUGCCAAAGCACCUCACUAUGUGCUUUCUCAGCUUACUACGGACAGCAAAAGCAACUCAAAAGCUGGAAAUGGAACAUUAGACAACCAAAAAGGAACGGGAGUAAAGAAGAGCCCUAUGUUGUGUGGACAGUAUCCUGUUAAAAGCGAAGGAAAGGAGCUGAAAAUAGUUGUACAACCUGAAACCCAGCACCGAGCUCGGUACCUGACUGAGGGCAGCCGUGGCUCAGUAAAAGACAGAACUCAGCAAGGCUUUCCUACAGUAAAGCUGGAGGGCCAUAAUGAACCAGUAGUGUUACAGGUGUUUGUGGGCAAUGACUCUGGUCGAGUGAAACCACAUGGAUUUUACCAGGCCUGCAGAGUAACUGGACGAAAUACAACUCCCUGCAAAGAAGUGGACAUUGAAGGCACCACAGUUAUAGAAGUUGGCCUUGAUCCUAGCAACAACAUGACACUAGCGGUGGACUGUGUAGGGAUAUUAAAAUUGAGGAAUGCUGAUGUUGAAGCCAGAAUAGGAAUUGCUGGUUCCAAGAAGAAAAGUACUCGAGCAAGAUUGGUUUUUCGAGUUAACAUCACAAGAAAAGAUGGCUCUACUUUGACAUUGCAAACACCCUCCUCUCCAAUUUUGUGUACUCAGCCAGCAGGAGUGCCAGAGAUCUUAAAGAAAAGCUUGCACAGCUGUUCAGUGAAAGGAGAGGAAGAAGUCUUUUUAAUCGGCAAGAACUUUCUUAAAGGAACUAAAGUUAUUUUCCAAGAAAACAUUUCUGAUGAAAACUCUUGGAAAUCAGAAGCUGAAAUCGACAUGGAAUUAUUUCAUCAGAACCAUCUCAUCGUCAAGGUUCCUCCAUAUCAUGACCAACAUAUAACUUUGCCUGUAUCUGUGGGAAUAUAUGUAGUGACCAAUGCUGGAAGAUCCCAUGAUGUUCAGCCAUUCACUUACACUCCCUACCCAGCAGCAGCUGGUACUUUGAAUGUAACCGUGAAGAAGGAAAUAUCUAGCCCAGCAAGACCUUGCUCUUUUGAAGAAGCCAUGAAAGCAAUCAAAACUACUGGAUGUAACUUAGAUAAGGUAAAUAUUCUUCCUAAUGCCCUGAUCACUCCACUCAUAUCAAGCAGUAUGAUUAAAAGUGAAGAUGUUACUCCAAUGGAAGUAACAGCAGAAAAAAGAUCUUCUCCUAUUUUUAAGGUGACAAAGCCCAUUGGAUCAACUCAGCAAACUUUAGAAAAUAUCUCUAACAUACCAGGAAAUGGGUCCUUCUCAUCACCAUCAUCUUCUCACUUACCUUUGGAAAAUGAAAAACAGCAGCAGCUUCAGUCCAAGGCAUUUAACACAGAAACGCUGACUACCAUCCAGACACAGGACAUCUCACAGCCUGGGACCUUUCCAGCAGUUUCUGCCUCUAGUCAGCUACCUGGCAGUGAGGCACUACUCCAGCAGGCUACCCAAUUUCAGGCAAGAGAAACUCAGUCUAGAGAAGUAUUACAGUCAGAUGGUACAGUAGUUAACUUGUCCCAACUAACUGAGGCCGCACAACAACAGCAGCAGACACCACUACAAGAACAAGCACAGACUUUACAGCAGCAAAUUUCAUCAAAUAUUUUUCCCUCACCAAGUAGUGUGAGUCAGCUACAGAAUACUAUUCAGCAGUUGCAAGCAGGAAGUUUUACAGGCAGUGCUACUAGUAGCAACAGUGGAAGUGUUGAUUUGGUCCAGCAGGUUUUAGAGGCACAACAACAGUUAUCUUCAGUUUUAUUUUCUGCUACAGAUGGUAAUGACAAUGUUCAAGAACAGCUCAGUGCAGACAUUUUUCAACAAGUCAGUCAAAUUCAAAAUAGUGUAAGCUCUGGAAUGUUUUCUUCAACAGAGCCAGCUGUCCACACCAGGCAAGAUAAUUUAAUACCUGGAAGAGCUGAAAGUGUUCGUCCACAGACUGAAAGUGCAUUGUCUAAUCAACAGCAGCAACAGCAGCAACAGCAAGUGAUGGAACCAUCAGCUGCAAUGGUGAUGGAAAUGCAGCAGAGUAUUUGCCAGGCAGCUGCCCAAAUUCAGUCAGAAUUAUUCCCUUCAACUCCUUCAGCAAAUGGAAACCUUCAACAGUCUCCAGUUUACCAGCAGCCUUCUCACAUGAUGAGUGCGCUCUCUGCCAACGAGGACAUACAAAUGCAGUGUGAAUUGUUUUCUUCUCCUGCAGUUUCUGGCAGUGAAACUUCUACAACCACCACACAGCAAGUUGCAACCCCUGGCACUACCAUGUUUCAAACACCAAGUUCAGCAGAUGGAGAAGAAACUGGAGCACAAGCAAAACAGAUUCAGAACAGUGUCUUUCAGACCAUGGUCCAGAUGCAACAUAGUGGGGACAGUCAGCCUCAAGUUAACCUUUUUUCAUCUACAAAAAGUAUGAUGAGUGUUCAGAAUAGUGGUACCCCCCAACAAGGUAAUGGUUUAUUCCAGCAAGGGAAUGAGAUGAUGUCACUUCAGUCUGGGAGUUUUUUGCCACAGCCUUCUCACUCACAGACUCAACUUUUCCAUCCUCAAAAUCCAAUUGCUGAUCCUCAGAAUCUUACCCAGGAAACUCAAGGUUCUAUUUUUCAUAGUCCGAAUCCUAUUGUCCACAGUCAAACAUCUACACCAUCCUCUGAACAAAUGCAACCUCCAAUGUUUCACUCUCAGAAUACUAUUUCUGUGUUGCAGGGCUCUUCAGUUCCACAAGAACAGCAGUCACCCAACAUAUUUCUUUCCCAAAGUCCUAUGAAUAAUCUUCAAAGUAACACAGUAGCCCAAGAAGAACAGAUUUCAUUUUUUGCACAGAACUCAAUUUCUCCACUUCAGUCAACAUCAAACACUGAACAGCAAGCUGCUUUCCAACAGCAAUCUCCAAUAUCACAUAUCCAGAGCCCUAUGCUAUCCCAAGAACAGGCUCAACCUUCCCAACAAGGUUUAUUUCAGCCUCAGGUCCCACUGGGCUCCCUUCCACCUAAUCCAAUGCCUCAGAACCAACAAGGAGCAAUUUUCCAGGCACAGCACUCAAUAGUGGCCAUGCAGAGUAGUUCUCCAUCUCAGGAGCAGCAGCAGCAGCAGCAGCAGCAGCAACAGCAGCAGCAACAGCAGCAGAACAUUUUAUUCAGUAAUCAGAAUACCAUGGCUACAAUGGCAUCUCAAAAGCAGCCACCACCAAACAUGAUAUUUAGCCCAAAUCAAAAUCCAAUGGCUAGUCAGGAGCAACAGAACCAGUCUAUUUUUCACCAACAAAAUAAUAUGGCCUCAAUGAAUCAAGAACAGCAGCCCAUGCAAUUUCAGAAUCAGCCCACAGUUUCCUCACUUCAGAACCCUGGUCCUACUCCAUCUGAGUCUUCACAGACCUCCUUGUUCCAUAGCUCUCCUCAGAUUCAGUUGGUACAAGGGUCACCUAGUUCUCAAGAGCAACAAGUCACACUCUUCCUCUCUCCAGCAUCCAUGUCUGCCUUGCAGAGCAGUAUAAGCCAACAAGACAUGCAACAGUCUCCUCUUUAUUCCUCUCAGAACAACUUGCCUGGAAUCCAAGGAGCCACAUCUUCACCUCAACCACAAUCUACUUUAUUUCACAACACUGCAGGAGGUACAAUGAACCAACUACAGAAUUCUCCCGGCUCCUCUCAGCCGACUUCAGGAAUGUUCUUAUUUGGCAUUCAGAAUAACUGUAGUCAGCUUUUAACCUCUGGACCAGGUGCAUUGCCAGAGCAGUUGAUGGCCAUAAGUCAACCAGGCCAACCACAAAAUGAGGGGCAAUCAUCUGUGACAACACUUCUGUCUCAGCAAAUGCCAGAGAAUUCUUCACUGGCAUCCUCUAUAAACACCAACCAGAACAUCGAAAAGAUUGAUUUGCUUGUUUCUUUGCAAAACCAGGGGAACAACUUGACUGGCUCCUUUUAACUGGAUAUAAUUUUCUUGGGGAAAAAUCGUGGUUCCAGGACGUCCUGAGAUCUUGUGGUUCCGUGAAGCUUACUGAACUAUAUUACUUAAAAAAAAUAUAUGAAAAACUGAGUAUAUGGGUAGAUUUUAUUCUUACUGCAAAAGAGCACACCUGUGCUGCCUAUUGCAGUAAUUAGAUACCAAUGUUAACAUCUUCGUAUUUUAUAUUCCUAAUGACAGUGAUGACUGGGAAUCUUUGAAUUUCUAACUGACAGGAUUAAUUGUUGCCAUUUUCCCGGGCACAGUUUCUUUAAAAGUGCAGUUUAAAUUCAAAGUUGUAACACUCAGUUGUUAUUGCUAUUAGAAAAUAAUAUUUGUUAUGUUUACUUUAGAUCGUUAUUUUCUUUCUUGCAUUAUUUUAGUCACACAAAGGUUUAUGGAAAGGUGAAGUUCAUUAAUAACUAAAGCUGUGACUUUUUUAAAUAAAAGUACAGCUGUUGGAUAAAGUGAAGGAAUCUUUCAGUUUUUAUGGAGAAAUUGAAGGGGUAACAUUCUGACAAACUGUAUUAAGAACUCUACACAAAUUAGAGGACUCUGGAUUAAACACAAAAGCAGAUAAUAUACUUUACAAAACUGGGGAUGGCUGGAAUGCUGUUGAUAUUAUUUUUCAGAGAGUUAGUUCUCUAUUUCUACUAAGGUUUAGCCAUAACUGUGUAGAAAAAUCAUUAUUUUGCGCUAUGAAAAAUUAAGGAAGUAAUACAUGGUAAAUUAUGUUCUGAUAAUCCUCCUACAGUUGUAACUGACAGUAAUUUAAUCUGUAUUCUUCUUAAUCCAGUCUUAGGCUGGAAUUCCCUUUUAUAUGCAUCUCUUAUUUUCCACUUCCUCUUCACUUCAGUUUAGACAACUAUUAAUAUACUACUGUGACCCUGUAGCAACUUAAAGGGAAAGGCCACUUUGACCCAGGGUGACCUAGCAACUCUGCAGCACAGGGCAAGGAGUGCUCUUUCUGAAUUAUUGGGAGCUGAUUCCUGAGAGAACAAUUCGUUUCACCACACAUACCCUGCCCCUGUGAACGGUGCUGUUCUGAAGUCUUUAAAAUUUUCCCUCUAAUAAAAAACAGUAUACAUUUUCAUUUGAAAAACAAAGGCAAACUAAAAUUUCUUGAAACAUUACUUUUCCCUGAGCUGCAGUGAAUAUAAUUCACUUGUCACCUCAGUGCUUUAAAGUUAAAGAGGUCACUUACCUGAUGGCUCCCCCAAGCCUUAGGCUUUACAGGGUCAUAUCAUUGGCUUAAAAUGAAGUAUACUAACUUGUGUUACAUCUAUAAAGAGCAAAAUAACACACUCCAGAACUUGCAGAUGUAGCGUUAGUUAUACAGUUUUGGGUGUUCUUGCCACCCAUGGGAUGCCUGCUUCUAACUACCACCUGUGUCAAGAUAUGUGCUUAUGUCUCAUUUUCCUUUGGGCAUGUGGAAAGCUGUCAAUGCAGUGAAAGGCCAAGUGUGUGUGUGUGUGUGUGGCUUCUAUGUACUGAUAAAAAAAAUUGGUAUCCUUGUCCAUUUAUUUUUUAAAUGUACAAAAAAUAGCCUGUUAAUUGUUGUUGGAAGCUACUUUUCUGUUCAAUUUUUUUUCCCCUCUUCCUAUCCUAUACAUUUAGUUGAGCUGUGUGGAAUUGUGGUGUUGGUUUUGUUUAUAUAGCUAGAUUUUAUCCUUUCUGUGAUGUCUUCCUUUGAUCUUUGAAUGUGCUAUUCUUCUGUUGUUCUUUUUAUUCUCUUCUAUACUUCCUCCCAUUCCCCACCCUUUCUUUUUCUUCUCUCUCUCUCUCUCUCUCUCUCUCUCUCUCUCUCUCUCUCUCUGAGAGGCAUUGAAUUACGUUUUCAGUAGUACAGGCUUCUUGCCGAUAUGAAGGGAACUUUUCAGAAAGAGACCUACUCUAGGUCAUUUAAUUUUGAAUACAGUUUUCAAUCGUUCAAGUUUUGGAUGGUUUAUAUCUAAUGUGUGUUUCAUUUUUUUGGAAAGCUAUAUUUUGUAUUUAGGAAAUGGUAUACUAUUUUGCUAUUUGUACUGAGUGAGUACAUUGGCAUAAAUAUAGAAAUUUAUAUAUAUACAUAUAUAUAAACUAUUCUUUUUUGCCACACAUUUUUGUGGUAAAUUUGUGAGUUUGUCUGAUGUUCUACCACAACGUGGCGUCUGAUAACAGUGAGGGGGGGUUUGUUAUGUCUUUAUUGAGUAUUUAAGUACUUUUUGAAACAAAUGACCUGUUCAUCUGUAGCCAUUCCAUCAGGCAGUUCUUGAGGGUAUUAGUGGGCCAAAGGCAGAUUCCAUUGUGUUUGCUGGAUCUUUUACUCAGCAAAAAGUUAAUGAGUGAGGAAACCUAUUGAGACAGUUGUGUCAAGUGGUGUUUCACAAGAAUGAGCCAUUCAGUCUUUGCUCACUAUGUAUUUAAUAUUUUAUUAUUGUUAUUGUUAAUUGGCUUUCUGUAUUCUAUACCUUUUAUUUAUAAAAACACUAAAAAAUCCCAUGUUUGUAAUUUUAAUAACAUUUUCCCCAUCUUGUAAUAUCCAAGAGCUACUUUAUAAAUUCUCUAAACAAAAAGUAUUUUUCUCAGUAUAUCUUCUUCCCUGUCCCAGUCAGGAAAAAUUACCCAAUAUAGUUCAGGUUAUGAGAAGGAUCAUCCACACAAUCCAGUGCUUCAGUUUUAAAAUGUAAAACUCUGACCCUAGAAGGCUGCCUAUAUUGUCAGAGAAAGCAAACCCAGCAGGUAUUAAAAAAAAAAAAAAAAAACUACACGUUUAUUUCUGAAUUUUCUUCUGAGAGUACAUAGGAUACCUUGUCUAUUUGUUCAAGAUCCAAUCAGAAUGUAUGUUAAUACUAUACCAUGUAUGGUGACAAUAAGACUGGCUUGUGUGGUGCUUCUGUUCUGUGGUUUAGCAAGAGGUUUAUGCUUACAAAAUACUGAUUGGCAAUGCCAAGUUACUGGGACCAAUUUUCUGUUUUAUAAUAUCUUGGUUUAGAACAGAGCUUACACCUGAACUGUAGUGGUUUGAUUGGAUGGAGGCAUAAAAUCCAAUUUUUAUUCUCAUAAAUUUUAUGGUCAUUUAUACAAGGGCUGUGAUAUGCUUCCAUAUUCUUAUUCAAUAAUGAUAGUUUUUUGUUCUUGGUUUUUUGUUUUUUAACAUUAUUAAAUGUUCCUUACCCCUAAAAGUCAAUGUUAAGUUCAACAUUCUGAAUAUAUGAUUUGGUAACAAAGAGUAUUUGUCUUUUUAUUGAAGAGUUAGUUCAGUGGUUGAUAUUUAUGCUAAUAAUGCAGUUUCCUAAUUAUUGUUACAAGUUGCAGCUGGAAACUGUAGAAAACAGUGAGCCAGCAAAGGCCUUGGAAAUAACAAUAUAUUAAUUUAUGGCAGAAAGACCAAAAUAAACUGUGAACCACAUUUUUUUAUGGUGUUACAUUCAAUUAUUCUUGCUUUCAGCAACUCACACAAAUACUUGGAGCUUAUCGUCUGUCUGUCUCUGUCAUUCUAUGUGAAUUACUCCUUAUUAUCAUUCCAUUUUAUAUCUGCACCAGUUGAAGAUAGUUAGAAGUCAUAUUUUGCUUCUGAGUUUUAUCAUAUUAAUUAGUGUGAUAAGAUGCCAUGUUAUUUAGCCAAUGGAAACCUGUUUUACCCAGUCUCCCUAGAACAGGUUUUAAAGGGCUUUGUUCCCUAUAGAAGCGGUUUUUGUAAAGGGGCCAGCUGGCUGGCCUGCCUGCCUGCCUACCAGCCUGUCUUCCUCUCCGUCCUCCCUUCCCUUCCCAUUCUUCCCUCUCCUCCUUCCUACCCUCUUAUUUUCCUUCCAUCCUAAUUUGCUUUUUUAAAAAAUAUAAUGUGCUUGAAAUUUCAUUAUAGUGUAUUUCUUGCUCAUCAAAACCUUGGCUAAUCUAUCUACCUAUGAAAAAUGUCAAAGGAAGAUGAUGUCCCUUCAGAACUAGGACAAUUCAUUCCUUUUGACCUUUGAAGCCAUUAUAAAUGCUUGCUUUAGAAAAGUAAAAUCAUAGAUAUUAUCAACAAAGACCAGAAUAAAGUGAUUUACUAAUUAAAUUUAGCAUGAUUGUAAAUAUUCAUUAGGAGCAAUCUGAUAAUUUUUCAUCUUCCUGGUGAAAUUUUCUGGCCUAGUAUCUAUUUCUUAACUGAUUAUUUAAAACUAAUUGGAAAUUAUAUGUAACCUGUUAGCAUUACCCUGCAUCUUGACCAUAGGUUUCAUCCCUAACCAAGACAAUCAUUUUAUAACUGCAUGUCUUUGGCUAUUAGGAAAGACCUAAUGAAAGGAAGACUGUAAUCCAGCAGAUAGAUUAAAGGAAUAACUCAGGACUGUGUAUUGAUCAGUGGUACAGCACCUGCCUAGCAUGUUCCAGACCCUGGGUCUCAUCCCUAACAUUACCAAAAAAAAAAAAAAAAAAGAAACUCAGUAUAUACCCUAGUAAGUGGAUUAGUAGAGUCUCCUGACCUAUAUCUUUAAAAAAGAGGUUUUCCCUUCUGCCUAUUUGUGUCACUAGAACUAAAUUGUAGAGAUUUUUUUCAUAAUGAGUAGUAAAUAUCAGAAUAAUCUGCUUAUCGUAUGUGAAUUACCCCAGUGCUCUUAUUACUUUUUAAACCUCUUUAUUUUCAUAUUAUUUUGUCUCAUUUAUUAAUAAAAUUCUGUUUUUACUCCACUUGCUCUUUCAGGAGAUUUUUUUUACAUCAGUGUUUUAUAUCUAGAUUAAAUGUGUAUGGAAAAGUGCCUUUUUACCAUGGUAGUGCCCCUUUCUUAUUUGGAUUUUCACUAUUGCCAAAAACAUGUAAAGAACUGGUUUUUUAUUAAGUCCCAAUUUUUACUUCAUAAAUUCCUUUGUCUUAAGAAUAGUAGGAGAGGUGUGCAUUGCUAGAAUUUGUCCUUAGAGGAGAGUAAGUAAAACUUGACUGGUUAGGCUUUUAUAAAUUAAGUAUAAGUUUGUCUUCAUUUCAACUAACAAUAAAUUUUACCUUACUACUAGUGAAUUUUAUACUGUGUGUGAGAUGAUGUAAACAAAUGGAUGGGUGGUAAAUUUCGGGAAGGAACUGUAAAACAUCUUUUUAUGACCUUAAUGAGAUGAAAAUAAAUCACUAAAACAUAGGUUAGGUAAGGCCUGAUGGUGUCAGUUUUUCUAUGGCAAAGCAGUUCAUCAUAGUGCACUUCUUGCCCAAUAGAGUCUCAGUAAUUUGCCUGAGAAAACUAAUGUCAGGGCCAGGGAUUUUGCUCAGUGGUGCCACUACCAGUCUCGCAAGUGCAAGGUCCCAAGUUCAAUCCCCGGGACCAAAAACAAACAAACAAAACUAAUGUCAAAGAAUAUAUGGAAAAAGUUAUAGCUGAGUCUUUUUAGACCUAAGAAAAUAAUUUUUUAAAAUCAGAUGUAGUUGGAUUGAGAGUCUUUCUGGGUUUGUUAAUUUUGCUUUUGUUUUCCAUCCCCUCGCUACAGGGAUGGUGCUUGUAGAAAAGGCCAUCAGCAGCAGUUUGGGACUGUAGUACCUUUGUGAUAGAGUUCUGCCUUCCACAUGGCAGAGAUUUUUUGACUGUUAAUGGCACUGAAGACUACAACCUUUAUGCAAUAUUCUUAAUACCCUGUUGACAUUUUGCACUUUAAUCAUUCCAAAGUAGCCAGAAAUACUAUAGAGUAAUGAUUCUUUCCUAAUGAAUGCAUUUUAACUAUUUUGAAUACUGUGCCCCUUUUUAAUUUGGAUAUAUGACUUGAUAUUAGUGUUAAUGUGUAUAUUCUCUAAAAUGACUUUAUAGUGGGACUUACAAAUGUAUAAAAGGGAAAUUAUUGCACUUUAACAAAUAAUUUUAGAAACAUUAAAAUGUUACUAAUCUGUAUGUUUGAGAAUUAAAGCCCAUUCCCCUUCCUAUACAUUUUGUGUCAUAUAUGUAAGAACAUUAUAGUAUAAACUUUUCUACAUGUAAACCAGUGGUUCUUAAAGUAUGGUCCUCAACCACCAACUAGCAUCAGUGUCAACUGGAAACUAGUUAGAAAUGCACAUUCUUGGACCUUAUCCUAGAGAGACUGAAAUGGAGUCGAGCAGAUUGUUUUAACAAGCCCUCCAGGUGGUUCUGAUGCACACUAAAGUUUGAGAACCUUGGUGUAAAAUAUAUCUAGUGAGAGCAAGAAAGUUUCUUUUCCUACUCAUGGAGAUAAGAUUAUACACUGUCCUUUAUAUAAAUUCAGUUUAGUCGGUUAUCUAUAAUCAUGUAUUAGCAGUGAUAAUUUAUUUUCAGUACUGCCUGAGAAAUACAUGUAUUUUACAUACAUAUACAGUUAAUCUGGUUAUUCACAAUUCAGUUAACUUAGUUUGGCAUUUUCCUACCACUUACUAAAAGUUUACAUUAAAUGACGAAUUUAAAUAUAUAGGUGCAAUGUUCAAUAUUUCUUUGGUUACCACAUUGAAGUAGCUAAGAUCAUUGAUGGGUGCUAACUUCUCCUGUUUAUCCAUAAUAUGGGUACAUUGUGGGCAGUGUAAUACAAGCUUUCUUUUCAUUGCAUCUUACUUUAUUAGCAGACCACAAUUUUGUUGUGGCUAGAUCAACUCUUAGAACAGAAUUAUCAUUCCUCAUAAUUAAAUUUAUAUCUGAAAUAGUAAAUAAGAUGGCUGGCCAGGCUCACCCAACACCUUAUGUAAUUUCUUCUUUUAAUAGAUAACACUUCUUUCAAUGCAGCUUGCUUCAUACAAGAAUGUUGCGGUAGAAAUAUAGACAUCCUUGGAGUUUAUGCUUCAGAUAAGAGUUAUUUACUAAAAUAAAAAACAAGAUAAUGAAUUAUAUAAUUUGGGCAUUUUUCCCUUCUCAGUUGUUAGCAUCAUGGAAAAUGUAAACUAGCCACAGGAUAAAUAGAUUUAUUCAUUUUUAUUUCCUUGUCUAUUCAGUACUUCCAUAACUAUUCUAAUCUAUUGUUUACAAAUCACCAGUUAAUUAACUCAUGAAAGAAAAAAUUCACUUUUCAGAUUAGAA